AGCAUCGUGAGACUCUCACUAAAGACCAGCGCCAGUUGAAUGGUUGAAUCAUUGUUGUUCCACUUCCACAUGCUGGCAGUGUAGGAUCAGGUGUAGGAUGAGUGAAUGUGGUGCAUGUAUCAGCUGUUGUAGUGUUUGAAAUGAGAUUGUCGUCUGCCUUAUUAUUAAAUAAUAAUGUAUGUGCUGUGUUCAAGAGAGUGGGGUUCAUAUCGUUUUAGUUUUUAGUGUGUUUCUUUGUCUAUUGAUUACUUACAAACUUUUGAAUUAGAACGUGAAAAGCCAAUCAACCUGCAGGAACAGGAAGUCUUUAAGAUUGUGAAGACGGUUGUUAAAUCAUUUUGGAAUGGCAGGAAACACAAUACCAGGCUUCAAAAUUGCUGUGAACGAUUAUAGAUCAGUAUCGUUGUUCCUGGGUUGUAAGGUGGCAAAAUGUGACAAAUUUUCACAGGAUUUCAACAAUAUCUGCCGUUUCUUGGCUGCUGAGCAUUACUUAUUUACACCACAUAUUGGAGAGGUGUUUGGUGUCUUUAUUCAGGAUAAAAAGACAUGGUUCAGAGGGAAGAUCAAGAACUAUUAUAACCUAGGGAGUGGAACCACAUAUGAAGUGUUUCUCAUUGACAUUGGCAACACUGCGAGAGUUACAAAAGAAUAUUUGGUUCCAUUAAAUGAGCUGAUGAAGCAAUAUAAACCACAAGUUUUGAAGUUUGGAAUCUAUGGAGUAGUACCAAAUGUCGCAUUGUGUCCUAAAGCUCAACUGGUUCUGUCAAACCUUUUUAAUAGUGGAACUGUGCAUUUUGUGGAAAGGGUGACAAUCAAGAAUGUAGUUUUUGGUGAUAUGUUUGUUAAAAAAUCAGACAAUCUUGAGUUAGAAAACGUAGCAACUGUUUUAUUACAGAAAGGAGUGGUGAAAAUAUCUGACAACUUUAAAGAAGACAUAAUACAGUUUUGUAAAGUGUUUGAGCGGACAGAAGAAGUUCAGGAUGAUUCUGAGAAUGUUCCGAAUAAUAAUCUAGAAAACACUGGUUCUGUUUCAUUCGGUCAGGUGCAGAGUGAUAACUACAAUAUUCAUCUGAGAGAAAACAGAGUAAACGUGCCACCGACAAAAACAUAUCCUGACACUGGUUAUUCAUCGUCAGAAGAAACGCGGUUGGCCCAUGAAGAUACUAUUUUCGUGCCUGCCGGCAUUCAGUUUUCUCAGAAGAAGAAGGAGACUACCAGAAGGUCAUCAAAGAAAGAAGUAAAGAUACCUCGCACAUACUACGAAAUAAAGAGAGACAAAAAAAAGGAAGGAAACAACAAAUCACCAAGACACAGUGAGUGCAGACCGGCUGAGAGGACUGAGAAUGAGGGCAUGUUGGUUUCCCACAAUAGAGAACUAAAAGGAAACAGUCCCCAUCAGGAUGACACAUACAACUCUGAGACGAAAACUGAUACAACAGAGUACAAGCCUGUGUUACAACCUAAGCAAGUCACAUGGAGCUCUACUGUCUGUAAUGACGGAAACUCAAGUAUAGUUUCUGAACCUCAAGUUGUGAAAGCAAAAGCAUUUAGUUUGAAUUUCAGGAAGGAAGGAAAUGCAAAUAAUAUGAAUGAAAAACAGGUAUUAAGCUUAUCGUCAAAUGACAGAAAGAAAUUGACGAACCAAGAAGAAGAUAGUUGCCAGUUAAACUUUUCCAGUGUUAAAGCAGAAGACAAUAUUAUGUUAGACUCUAAUUCCACUGCCGUUAACACUUCACUGAUGACUUCACCUAACACUAAUACCGCAGCGAACACUUCAAAUUCCUCUAGUUCAUCUUUAAACGUUACAAAAAGCAGUUUUGUAAAUUCAAGUAUUAAUUCUGCCAGUUCCUUAAGUGAUUCAGACCGACCAUAUUUGUCAAGUCGUCAAAAAUUUAGAAUGAAAUACAGCCAAGAGAUGCAAGAAUUGGCUGCAUUGGAAGUAAAGAGAAAAGAUGUUCAGUUGGAAAAUACUUCAGCUGGGAAAGAGAUGGAAUCAAUUGUUUCAGUGUCUAACAGUUGUGGUAACCUGCCAAAUCCUAAUGUUAUCUCUAAUACCUCUAACACUUCAAAUCUCUCAAAUUCAUCUCUGAACUCUUCAAUAAAUAGUUUUGUAAAUUCAAGUAUUAACUCUGCCAGCUCCUUAAGUGAUUCAGAACGACCAUAUUUGUCAAAUCGUCAGAAAUUUAGACUGAAAUACAACCAAGAGAUGGAAGAAAUUGCUUCAUUGGAAGCAAAGAGAAAAGGUCAGUUGGACAGCACUUCGGUUGGUAAAGAGAUGGAAUCGAUUGUUUCAAUGUCCAACAGUUUUGAUAACCUGCCAAAUCCUAAUGUUAUCACAAAUACCUCCAACACUUCAAACCUCUCAACUUCAUCUCUGAACACUUCAACGUCUAACAGUUUUGAUAACCUUCCAAAUCCUAAUGUUAUCACAAAUACCUCCAACACUUCAAACCUCUUAACUUCAUCUCUGAACACUUCAACGUCUAACAGUUUUGAUAACCUGCCAAAUCCUAAUGUUAUCACAAAUACCUCCAACACUUCAAACCUCGCAACUUCAUCUCUGAUCGCUUCAAUAAACAGUUCUGUAAAUUUGGGUAUUAGUUCUGCAAGUUCCACAAGUGAUUCAGAGCAACCCUAUAUGUCAAGUCGUCAAAAAUUUAGACUGAAAUACAAACAAGAGAUGCAAACAAUAGCUUUAUUGGAAGCAACAAAAAAAAGCGUCCAAUUUGAGAAUACUUUAGCUGAGAAAGAGACUGAAUUGGUUCUCUCAGUGUCCAACAGUUCUGGUAAUCUGCCAAAUUCUAAUAUAACCCCUGAUACAUCUGCAAUCAUUCCAUGUAUGCCUAACGAUCACAAUUCUAAAAUUCAAAAGGAAACUGAAAUUGGAAUAAGUGAUAUUCAGGCGGACAGCAGCAAAGGAUCACAAUCGCAUUUAAGUAAUAGUAGAUUGCAGAAUAAUAUCUCUGGAGAACAAAAAGUACCAGAAGUUUCCUCAAAUAUUAUUUCUGCACGAUGUGAGAGACAUAAGCGGAUGGAAGCAGUGAUGAGUUCUUCAGGAGUGCUACCUUCUGAUGAAGACGACCUCCCACUUGUGAGGCCCAACCAACACCUGGUACGACUGAUGAAGUCUGCAGCUGGAGUCCUCGUACACUCUAAGACAGAUCAGGUCAUUCCUCCUGCCACAAUACUUUCAGAUAUCGACCUAGAUAGUCGUAUCAUUCAGAGCUUGGAGAAGUGGAAUAUGAGAGAGAUGAGUCGUGUACAGAACGUGUCUUACAGAAAGAUCAGCCAGAGAAAAAACCUUGUGAUGGUUGGAUCACGAUCUUCGGGCAAGACCACUGGAUAUGUAAUACCCAUUGCUUCUAACUUACUGGACUCUUCGUUCUAUAAAGAGUUGCCAGUUGGAUGUGGUCCUCGAGCUCUCAUCAUCACGCCCAGCUGGAAAGCUGGCCUGGAAGUCACUACCAUGUUUAGAGAUCUUACCAAAUACAUUCGCGUCAUCCACACGUACGGUGGUGGAGCAGAACUGGAAAUGAGGUUGGAGUUACUGAAUGGAAGUGAUGUGCUUGUGUCCACACCGCGAUGUCUGCUGAGACUUCUGGAGGCAAGAGCUACCGAUCUCAAACGUCUCUGCCAUCUGGUCAUGGAUGACGCUCAUAUCCUCUUUGAAAAAUUCAAGCCAGAGAUAGAGCAGCUGAUGGUGAGUGUAGACAGGAUGGAGGACAAGAGGUUGAAGCAAGGAUUAAAGAUUGACCUGCAGGUGGUCGUUGCCAGCUCCCGGUGGACUGUCCCCAUCAAGGAGUUGUCUGUCAACAUCCUGGCCAACCCAACCAUUGUCAUUGCUUCACAGUUGGAGGCUUGUGUUUAUGCUGAUGUCAAGCCUGUGGCCUACUUUGUCAGGAGCAGCAGAAAGGCUGAGAAACUUGUUGAACUGCUGAAUGGGAUAAAAGGUCAGUUGCGCACAGUGGUUGCCUGCAAGAAAAAAGACGAUGUCAAGUUCGUCUACAAUCUCCUGACAGACCUCGGAAUGGAGAAUGUCUUAGCGGCCCAUGAAGAUUUGACCAGUGUUAACAUUUCAGAGAUUCCGCAGAUGUGGAAGCAUAAGGAAAAAGAUGUUAUUACGGCGUGGCAAAACAGUCAAGGUGCAUCACUUCCGAUCCUUAUAAGGUCUGAUGAGCUGCGAGAACUGCCUAUAACUAAUGCUCACGUCCUGAUACACUACAAUAUGCCUAUCAGUCUAAAGGGUUUCAGUCUGCGUUUUAUCUGCCUUAUAGAUAACUUCCGCAACAUCCUUCGACAGGAAGAAAAUGUUCACAAGAAAAAGUGUCAAGUGCAUAUCUUGAUGGAUGAGGAUAAUUACCAGGAAAUGCCAGGAGUUAUGGAGUUCAUGAAGAGACUGGGAACAGUCUUGCCUACUCCGGUAGAGCAGACUCUGGAGAAAUUGGAACAAAAGCGGGAAGAAGAGAAAUUAAAGGAGUCACUAUGUGAGGACCUAAAGGAAUUCGGUUGCUGUUGGGACUCCAAAAAGUGUCCAAACCGACACGUUUUGAGCAGAAAUCAAGAUCUUCCACAGGAUAUACCAAAGAGCGGUAUGGUAAAGAUAUUAAUACAGCACGUCCAUGAUGCUUGUCACUUCUCUGCUCGACUGUUGGAACACUCGGAGAAGAAAGGACAAUGGCAGAAACUUCCAUCCAAAAUGCUGGAACUGUGUUUAGAAAUCAAUAUUUACUACAAGGAAAAGAAGAACCGGAAGCUGCAUGGUCUACCAUCCGUUGGUGACUUAGUGUGUGUAGAGUCUUCACAUGAUACAUAUCACAGAGCUGUUGUCCUUAAGAUAACCAAGGUCAACAAGCACGGUGAACCCGAAGCAGUCAAUAUAAGGCUUAUUGACAAUGGAAGCUAUUUUGAAGAUUUUUCUGUGAUGUACUUGUACCAACUGCCAGCCAGCUUGCGCUCCCCCCCGCCUCAGGUGGUGGAUGUGUACCUCUGCAGCAUGAUGCCCAAGGAUCAGGAUACUUGUUGGAGUCCUGCUAUUAAGGCAUGGGUGGAAACGCACCUGCGGGAUGCCAGACGUCACUCUCCCAAGGGUUAUCUCGCAGGAAAGAUUGUGCUGAGCCUGGGCAAAAAUGUUUGGCUUGAGCCCAUGAGUUUCAUGGAGCACUUGCCACAGCUGAACACGACCGUAUUCAAGUUUUCAUUGCGUCGGGAUCUAUUGAAUACCAACAAUGCUCUCGAGAACCCAGAUCAUCUGCCUAACCUGUAUAAACUGUGCGAGAAGGCAGGAAUCGAGAUACCCAAAGAAGAGCCAGAACAGACGAAGCCGCAGAACCUAGUCCAGGCUAAGCCGAGGUGGGCCUGGCUGCCCAUGGACAACAGUGAGGCUGUGCAUGUGGUCACUGUGCAGGAACCCAAUGUCAUCUUUGUGAGGUUGAGCUACAACAGUGACUGUUUGGAAAGACUGAUGAAAGAGAUCCAGGAGUUUGUGAAAGAGCAGAAGAAACUAAAUGAUGUUAAGCAACUUGACAUUGGAGGUGUCUGUUUGGGGAAGGCUCCUGAUGCAGAUGAGUGGAACCGAGCUGUGAUCCGUAGCAAGACAUUGGACGAUCAAGUGGAGUUGUUCUUUGUAGACUAUGGAGACAUUGCCACAUUAACUUGGAAUGAUGUGGUACCAAUAUCUGAUGAUCUUAUUAAAAAGCUUCCUUUCCAGGUAAUAGAAUGUUACCUAGCUGAUGUUCACUUCGGAGAAUCUGAUGACAACAGUUGGGAAGAUGAUGUAAUUGACCAGAUCUACAAUUUAACUAGGAAUGAAAAUGAAGAAGCCAUCAAUUUGCAUGUUCAGGUGUGUGGUGUUGAAACAGUGGGAACUCUGUCAAAUGGAAAAAGAUACAAAGUAAUCCUAACUGACACGAACAAAGAAGAUGCCGUUGUGAUAAAUAAGAAACUCCACUCCCCAAAUAUCAUCAACUGUACAGGAGAAGAUGAAAAAAAUGUUAAAACAGCGACUGAAAAUGAAUCGGGCUCAAAAUCAUCAAGCACUGAGCAACAAAAAAGCGAAACACCAUGUUUAGAGAUCACAACAAUGAUUCAUAAUGAAAGUGGAAGUCAUGUGUUACUUCCUGACCAGUUCAAUAUUGAUGAAAACGUUGCUGUUGAUGAAAAGGAAAGGAGGGUUUUGGAGUUUUUAAAUUAUUUUGAUAACAGUCAAGAUUUUGAAUAUGUAAAAUAUGAGUAUGAGCAGUUAGCAAAUGAUGCAGAUGUUUCUGAAAAUGAAAACAACUCAGGAAGUUCGAUCUUGUCAAUGGCACAGUCAAGAGAAUUGUUGCCACAGGAGCCCCAACCUUCCAGUCAGAGAUCUUCAUCGGAUGAGAGUUUAUUCUCAGAGAACCUGAAGAAGAAUAAAGAAACGUGUGAAAUACUUAACAAAGAGUACCUCAAAACAUUACCCGCUCCAGGUCUUCCAGAACUUCCACUCAUGAAAAAACAUUCACGAUCAGGCCAUUCUUCAAAUCAAAACCACCAAUUGCUAAACAAAGAAGACAAAGAAAAGUAUCAUAAGAUAGAACUUGAGAUGAUCAACAGUGCCUAUUCUUCUGAAAAAAGUGAACCAACACCAACACGUGAAUCAAUACAAAACUCGGAGUCGUUACCGAAUUAUGAGUCAACCCCAAAAAGUGGUGAGUCAAAACUUAAAGAUGAAUCUUCACUGCUUAAUGAGACAUCAAUUUAUUCUUUAAGUGAAAUUUCUGCCAUUGAAGUUGCUCCUUCAAGUUUGAGUGAAAUCGUUAGAAAUCCAGACACUAGCAAUAAUUGUGUUAGCCCUUCUAAUGCCCCACUCAAACUGACAGGUUUAUUCACUAAGUUCACUGAUCUAAUACCAUCUUUCCUAUUAAGCCCAAAAGUGGAGAGUCCUUCAUCAAAAUUGAAUCUUUUGGAGAAUGUAAAGCCUUUUUUACAGCAUGUAUCUAUAGAUGAGACGGGGCGAAGUGAUAGUAAAGAAGAGAGUCUUGAAAGCAGCAGAAUAGAAAUGCGAUUGGAUAUGAAUGAGUCAAAUGAAAUUGAUGUUUCAUCAGCACCUUGUGAGGAUAUUUUGAGUAUGGAAAAUACAGCAGCACAAGAUCAAUGCCAUACCUCUACUAAAACUGUUGUUGAAAAUAAUGAAGAAAUCAGUGUAUUAAAUUCUAUAAAAAUUUCUCUGAAUGAAGAAAGCAUUGCAGAAUUAGAAUCAAAGAAUACUUCAACUGAUUUGAGGAGAGAACAGGCCAUUUCAGGAGCCGAUCAGUCUUUCACAAACAAGUGGGUUGAAGAUGUGCUGUCGAACUCGGAAGAAGAAUUUGUAGUGACAGAGUCAAACGAACCUUCAACUCCAGAACAAAAGGAUUCACAAAUACCUGUGGGAAAUUCCAGAAGGCCACCCAACACUGGAUCUGCCGGGUAUAUUCCUAACGAAGAGGAAGUUUUUAAAUGCCCCGCAAGAAUUCCACAGGUGGAAUGGUAUCAGAACGAAACUUAUAUUUGGCUGUACAUCAAACUCCCUUCUGUUAAACUCUACAGAGCUAACUGGGAACUUACGUCUUUUAAAUUUAGAACCGUUCACUGCAACCUGCCUUAUGAGAUGUAUCUGGAAUUGUUCACUGGCCACAAGCCCGAGUCUGUCCAACUGGCUUCAAAAGCUUUCCAUUUUGAAGUUAGACUGGAAAAACUAUCUCAAGGCAAGAAGUACAAUUGGCCAAGAUUAACACUGAGUGCAGAUAAGCCUCAUUGGCUAAAAGUCAAUGUAGAAAAAGCUUGUGGUGACUUGGAGGAAUCCGAGGAUGAAGAUUUGAAGCCGACCCUGUGCCCUAUGGAGCUGUUGAACGAUGCAGCGAGUGACUCAGAGUCCCAGGUUUCUGACUUGUCAGACGCUAGCUCACUGGCAUGCUCCGACUUGAUAUGCUUCGACUAGAUACAUUGACAAGCAUGGGCUGAAAAGAAUGGAAAAGGAAUGUACUAUUUACUCCAUCAAAUGGAUCUUAUCAGAAAACUCAAAAACAAUUUGAAGGGUUUUGGCUUAUAAAGAGUUGUUAAUUUUAUUGUUAUGAUAUGGUAAAACAUUUUAAAUGGAGCUAAAUUGAAAAUUCUACUCACUUACGAGCGUAUGAAUUUUAUUAAGAAUAACUUAGAUGCCAAGAUGUAACACAAUAUUUUUAAAUAACUAUAAACAAGCUUAGCAAGCUACAAGGGUUUUUAUACAAUAACAGAUGGAUAUAAUUUUUAUUUUAAGUUAUUAACAUAUAUUCAAAUAUGUUUUUGUGACUUACAAUAUGUUUCCAAUUUUGUUUUUUAAACAAUUUUCCAGGAAAUUUCCAAUAAAUGUUGUUGUGAAAGUACAGAAAUUCAGGUUGAAUAAAGCAUAUUUGGUUUUUAUUAUGUAAAGAAUAAGUCUUUUCUAGUCUAAAUAAUUAAAAUAUGUAUACUUUUUUACUUUGAUUCACAUUAAGUAAAAUGUAUGAAACGUUUUUUUUAAAUGUUAAACGUUUAAGAAUCAUUAAAAAAAUAUUGAUAAACUUGUUACAACUGUAUUUCUAUAUUUGUGCUUGAAAUAUGAAAUUUUGUUUUAGUUUAUACAACUGCAUACUUAUUAAUACUUGUAUAUUAAAAACAAAGUUGUUUCUGUUGUAGUACAUUUUGGCAGAGCAAGUUUGUGCAAAAGAUUUACAAUUAUAAUAUUAAAAGACCACUGCGUACACAUUUUUCUGUUUAUAGACACAAAAACUGUUCUGCUAUAUUUCAAAAUUCUUAAAGUAAUCGUGUCCGCAUUUCGUAUUAUGAAUUCAGAAGAUAGAAUUCGAAACAUAUUAAAGUAUGUUCAAAACAUUUGAUAAACUAAUUGAAAUUUGAAAUAGUCCACUUUGUUUAGAAUCAGUUUUAUUUAAAAAAUAACACAGAUUAGUGAAGAUAUGAAUUAGUGUCGUCAAACUAUUAAAUAGCUUUAAAAACAAUACAGUAGAACUCCGAUUAUCCGAAUUAAUUGGGGAUCAGGCCGAUUCGGAUAUGCAAAAAUUCGGAUAGUUGGAUUUAGCAUGGAAAUUAUGCAAAAAAGGAGUAUUUUACAUUAAAUAAACAAAAGUCCAUUGAAAACGUUGUUAUUUUAAUACUAUA